UGAGACGAGACAACAAAGAUACAGCUGGAUAAAAUCACUCAAGAAUAGAAGAUGCUUCUGCUCACAUUCUUCCUAUUGUUCCUAAAGACUUCAUGUGUAUGUCCUCGGCUUGUUGGGAAAUGUAACUUAAUCAAUGAGGUGAAAGAAUUUCCAGAUGACUUAUCAUGGAAUGGAAAAACAAACCUUGCCUUCUGCAGUCAUGUCACUGAUAUUAAAGAGGACCUCCGUGGACUUCCGUCGAAUUUACUGAGCCUCAGCAUUGAGAUGGAUCAUGAUAUGAAAUAUAUUGGUGUCUUGGCUUCAGGCUUAUUUUCACGCUUCUCUUCUCUGGAAUACCUUGGAAUUCAAGGAUGUUUGAUGUUCUCUCCAGAAGCUUUUUCCGGAUUGCUAAAUUUAAUGACACUGCAGUUGUAUAUGGCAUCGAAAGAAAGCUGUUGUAAUGCAGCUGUUGAUUUCAGUGGCCUUCCUUCACUUAAAAAUUUGCAUCUUUCACAAUAUAAUUUGUCAGUAAUGGCACCAAAUGUUUUUGAUACAAUUCCUCAAUUAGAGAAUUUAGACAUAAACAAUGCAUGUUUAAAAGAUUUAUCUGAGAUUUUGUGUCGACUGAGAAAUUUUAACUCUCUAAAGGUGUUUUAUCUCAGAGUUGAUUUAAAUAGUCUAGAGUUUCUAAACUGCUCCAUUUACAACUCCUCUAACAGUAACAUAUCUACUGUGUACAAUAUUGAAGAGGUACAUUUGAUUUUGGGAUCAGUAGAGCACAUAGAUAAAGGGGCUUUGGAGGUUUUAGGAAAUUUGUCUGAACUAGACUUUGGUUUCAGAUCAGAUUUCCCCAAAGAUCUUUCUUUGAUUGGAGUAAAUAAAAUCAAUAAUUUGAGUUUUUCUGUGGGUGUGCUUAACGUUGAUGAGUUGUGUUACGCAGUAAAGUUACAUUCUAUUAAAACUUUAACAGUUCAUUACCGGACUAUAAACUUGCCAGUUAUGACUACAAAUAUCUCUGAAGACAGCAAGGGGAUUGUAGACCUUACUCUAAAAAAUGAAUUUUCUAAAUCUGUAAAACCUUUAGAUGUAGAUUUGAUCUUUCAGAUAUUUAGCAAACUCUUAAGAUUUCAUCUACGUAGACAUGAGCUCAGAUCAAAUGAUUUUAAAUCUCUUUGUUUGUCCAAUCCACAGUUAGUCAAACAGCUGUCUAAUAUGAUUCUAAAUUUUAAUGACAUGGGAAAGAUUAUUUCUCAGCAGUUUAUGUGUUUCAUAAAUCUUGAACAUUUGCACUUAAACUUUUCAAGAAUUUCUAGCAUAGAAGCUUUUGGUUUCAUUGGAUUAGACAAACUGAAAGAUUUAAACCUAUUGGGCAACAAGUUAUCUUACAUUUAUCAAGACACAUUCAGUGGUCUAUAUGAACUGAUGGUCCUAAAUCUUCAAGAAAACCCAAUAAUUCAAAUUCAAUCAAAUUCAUUUGGACAUCUUAUUAACCUUCACACACUUCUUCUGGGAGAUCUAAAAUUUUCACCAAAUAGUUCACAGGUCACGCUGCAUUUCUCUGAUAUAUUUGGACACAUCCCGUAUAAUCUGAGUAAUGUGUUUAUUAGUUCAGGCUUGAGACCAAUGCAGUUGAUUAUUGGAAAUGCUACACUGAAUCAGAGUCUUGAUCUCCGAAUCAAAGGUCAAUAUGUGACAGUUGAGGAUUGUGACAGUCCACUCCUGACAUCUGUAGUCAAACUUCAAAUACUUCAAAUAAAUGCAGAAUAUAUCAUCUGUGGAAAGGAGUUUAUUGGGAAAUAUGUUAAAUCAGUUGUUCAUUUGGAAUUCAUAUCACAGUUUUCAGACAACAUCGGUGACUUAUCAGUAAUAAAUCAGCUUGUUCAUUUAAAAACCUUAAGGCUGGAAUGCAUUGAUUUGUCAAAACAGCCAAAUGUGCCAAUAAUGUUUCACAAUUUGACAAAAUUACAAAAACUGAUCUUGAUGAAGUGCAGAAUUUUCUUUUUGGAUGGAAGUCUGACAAAGGACUUAAAGGCACUAACAAAAUUAGUGUUUAUGCCACAAAAUGAUGUGACAAUUCUUCAAAACUUUGUUGAACAUCUCACUAGUUUAAAGUUGCUCUAUCUCAAGGGGUUGCUAUUGCAAUGCAGUUGUGAUGAUGCUUGGCUGAUCUCUUGGGUGAAGAGCAACAGGCAGGUACAGGUUCUUAUGGACGGGCCCACCAUGGAGGAACUGCAGUGUUUAACUGAUAAUGGAGUUGACCGUCUGAACUUUAUUCAUUACACCCAGGAGAACUGUUCAUUUGAUAUUGAAUUUGUGCUCUUUGCCUCAACUUCUGCUUUUUUAUAUUUGUUUAUUUUUGUAGUGUUUUCAUAUCAGUUUGCAGGACAAUACAUAAUGCCGUUCUAUUACAUUGCCAGCGGAUGGUUCAGAGAGGCUUUGCAUAUGGAUGCCAAGCGACAGUAAAGCUAUGAUGUUUUUGUUUCCUACAGCAGUAAGGAUGAGCGCUGGGUCUUGGAAAAACUUCUUCCUAACUUAGAGCAACGUGGACCUCCAUUCUUGCGUCUCUGUUUGCACAGUCGUGACUUUCAGUUGGGGCAAGACAUUGUUGAAAACAUCACAAACAGCAUUUAUGCAAGCCGCCGAACUCUUUGCCUUGUCAGCCGUAACUACCUCCGCAGCACCUGGUGUUCUUUGGAGAUGCGUUUGGGAACCUACCGGCUCCAGGUAGAACAGAGGGACGUUCUUAUCCUGGUCUUCUUAGAAAAAAUCCCAUCUUGCCUGCUAUCUCACCAUCACAGGUUGGCCCGUCUGGUUAAAACUAGGACCUAUAUGGACUGGCCAAUGGACCCUAAAAUGGUUGAGGCAUUUUGGGAAAAGCUGUGGUGUAAAUUGAGCUCUGAGUAACAAGACAUCAUGUCACAGCCACUACCCAAGACUGCUGUCACGUCAUUACCACUGCCCCAGAUCCCUGUCACAUCAUGGCCGCCGCUACAGAGCCCUUUUACGUCAUGGCAGUCACCCUAGAGUUCUCUUAAGUGGUCAGACACUUAAAUAAUUUAAUAAAUUAUUUAAGGAGUAAAGAGGAGGCAGAGUUUACAGAGGAUGCUGGCACUGAAACAGAGUGGGCGAGGAGCCCCCAGUAAGGCAGAGGACGCUCCCAGCUUGUAUGCUAUUUGCAUUAUCAGCAAAGCCAAGAGCGAUGCCACCAAAGCCGGUGUAGAUUUUUGACAAGUCUAGAACUUAUGUCAUGUCCUGAUCCUCCAGAGCACAUGACAUGUCCACAACUCACUCCAUGCCCUGAACCUCUAUGACCCACAUCUGAGUGCUGAUGUUGUCAUCACUUUUAUUUUGAAGUUGUCUUUAAUAAGACAACUUUUUUAAGUUCUAGUAUAUGCUUAUUGUUGUCCCACUGCAGUUAUCACAAGGUUUGUCUCGUUACCCUUGAUUUUUUAUGCAUGUACAGUUCUUACAUUGCCGUUGUCUUUGAUCUAACUUUGUUUAUGCCUUUCUUCUGUUGGUUAAGUUUUGUGAUAAAGCCAAGUUUAGCCAAAUCUUUGUUCAUGGUUAUCUGUUAAU